AAGAAUUAUUAUUAAUUUAUUAAAUUACUAUAUAUAAACACACAUACAUGAUAUCCCUUGAUUCCCACCAUUCAACCUUAAUCAAUCAUGGAAGACAGUGAGGAUUGUUUUACUAGAAGAAGUCCAACGUUGGGAGGUCAAGGAAAGGGUGCAUGAGGGGGAAGGGCGGCCCGGAAAACGCUCUCUGCACUUUUCGGGGCGUCAGGCAGCGCACAUGGGGAAAAUGGGUGGCCGAGAUCCGUGAGCCCAACCGCGGGGCCCGCGUCUGGCUCGGGACGUUCAACACGUCCCUCGAGGCGGCCCGGGCCUACGACGAGGCCGCCCGGAAACUCUAUGGCCCGUCCGCCAAGCUCAACCUCCUCCCCGCCGCCGACGACCGCUCCUCCUCCUCCCCGUCCUCGUCCACCGUCACCGGGCCCCACGUCUCCGGCGAGGCCUAUUUUUCGUCCUCGGCGACGGUGUUGGAGUGUUACGCCGAGGAGUGCUCGGUGCUCGACGAGGCUUCGGUGUUCCGGGACCGCAAUGGGAAAUAUUUGCUCUGGGAAACUCCGGCGCCGAGCUUGCUCGACGACGACGAAAAAAUAGAGGAUAACUACACCAUCAAAUAGAGGCGAGGGGGUUCAAGAAGUGUUUAUGGUCACAUAAUUAAACUAAGUACAGUCUUUGUUUUGGCGAACAAUAUAUAAAUUGGUACAAAACUCGUGUAAAAAAAAAGCUUAUGUUCAAAUAUUGUAAAUUAAAUAUAGCUUCUUUUUCGUA